AUGUCGUCCAUUGAUUGCCUUGCUAAUUCUAAUCUUUGGUCAACUCCUGCCUCCUCAGGCCUCAAUAAAGUCGUCGGCCCCAUUUCUGACCUGAGCAAGUUCCCACCUUCUCCUCCUUCCCGAGGCACCAUGAGGUCGUCGUCGAUGGCGACCGCGAUACUAUCCAUCGCCGCCGUUGUCCUCCUCCUCGCCGUCCAGGACAGCCAUGGCGCGAAACUGUGCAUGGACUCGACGUUCCCGAGGGCGGUCAACGGAUCCCUUUCCUUCUGCGGCUACAACGGCACUGCUUGCUGCAACACGACGGACGACGCCGCUGUCCGGAGGCAGUUUGCCGCAAUGAACAUCUCAGGCACGCCGUGCGGCGACCUCGUCAAGUCCAUCCUUUGCGCGAGAUGCAACCCGUACGCCGGCGAGCUCUUCACCGUCGGGACAAGCCCUCGGACGGUGCCACUGCUAUGCAACAGCACCGGCGUGUCGAGCCGUGUCAGCGGCGUGGCCGCGGCGACGGGGUACUGCGCAAAGGUGUGGGAUACCUGCAAGGACGUGUCCAUCCAGGGGUCCCCGUUCCAGUCGCCCAAGGGCGGCGCAUCGGCGCCGAAGCUCGCCGAGGUGUGGGAGUCAGAGGGCGACUUCUGCGGGGCGCUGGGCGGCGAGUCCAUCUGCUUCGACGGUGAGGCCGCGGCGUUCAAUGCGACCCGCGUCGCGCCGCCGGUGAACGGUAUGUGUCUGGAGCGCGUCAGCAACGGCUCGUACCUCAACAUGGCGGCGCACCCGGAUGGCUCCAACCGCGUGUUCCUCAGCAACCAGGCCGGCAAGGUAUUCCUUGCCACCGUGCCGCCGCAGGGCUCCGGCAAGCCGCUGGAGCUGGACGUGGCCAACCCGUUCCUUGACAUCACCGACGAGGUGCAUUUCGACAACGAGUUUGGCCUCCUCGGCAUGGCCUUCCACCCGGACUUCGCGAAGAACGGACGGUUCUUCGUCUCCUACAGCUGCGACAAAACGCAAUCGGCAUCGUGCUCCGGCAGGUGCGCCUGCAACUCCGACAUCGGCUGCGACCCGUCCAAGCUCGGCGCCGACAACGGCGCGCAGCCGUGCCAGUACCAGAGCGUGAUCGCCGAGUACACCGCCAAUUCGUCCUCCGGCUCGCCUUCGAAGGCGACCUCUGCGAACCCGACGGAGGCGAGGCGGAUCAUGACGCUCGGGCUGCCGUUCACGACCCAUCACGGUGGGCAGAUCCUCUUCAGCCCGGGAGACGGCUAUAUGUACUUCAUGAUGGGCGACGGCGGCAGCGUCGGCGACCCGUGGAACUUCGCGCAGAACAAGGGGACCCUGCUCGGGAAGAUCAUCCGGAUCGACGUCAACAACAUGCCAACUGGUAACAGCACUCCCAGUUGGGGCAACUAUGGUAUCCCCAAGGACAACCCAUUCUCCGCGGACCCCAAGUUCGCGCCGGAGGUCUUCGCCAUGGGCUUCAAGAACCCGUGGCGUUGCAGCUUCGACUCCACGAAGCCCUCCUACUUCUUCUGCGCCGACGUUGGCCAGUCUUUGUAUGAGGAAGUCGACCUAGUGGUGAAUGGCGGGAACUACGGGUGGCGCGUGUUCGAGGGCCCCCAGUCGUACCCGGCGUUGUCAACUCCCGGUGGGAACACCUCGGUCGACUCCAUCAACGCCAUAAUGCCGGUCAUGGGUUACGCCCACAACACCGUCAACAACAACGUUGGCUCUGCCUCCAUCAUCGGCGGCUACGUCUACCGCUCCAUGACCAACCCGUGCCUCAACGGCAGGUACAUUUACGCGGACCUGUAUGCGCAGUCCAUGUGGUCGGGGAUCGAGACGCCAGAGAACAGUGGGGUGUACAAUGUGACGCCACUGACAUUCGACUGCUCCAAGACGUCACCGAUCCCGUGCGACGUCGCGGCCAAGAGCCCGCUACCGUCGUUGGGCUACAUCUUCUCCUUCGGCGAGGACAACGCCAAGGACUUAUACUUGCUCACCAGUAAGGGAGUGUACAGGGUGGUCGACCCCAGCAGUUGCAACUACGCAUGCCCAAUCAAGAGCUCCACGCAAGAAGGGGUGCCCCCGCCUACCUCGUCGCCAAGCUCGGCAUUCAAUGCACAAGCUUUCACCCUACCAACAACGAUGUUGACAGGAGUGUUAGUUGUGUUGCUGAGCUUGGGCUUUUGA